UAUUUAACAGUUUAUUAAUCAAAGGUCUAAAUUAAUUAUGUUUCUUUACACAAUAGUGUGGAGUAUCAUGUUUUUAUAACAGAUAAUUCAGUUUUUAGUGGCCUUAGCAAUUAUUGCUAUAAAGUUGAAAUAUCGGACCAAGAUGCUGAAGUUAACGAAAUACUCAAAUCUUAGUUCUGUUGAUAAUCCACACGUUGUUUACUAUGACGAUUUUGAUAGGAAAGAGAAACUUGGAGAUCCUUCAUUUAAUGUUUUUGAUUAUUUUGUGAUGGUUAUUGUAUACAUCAUUUGGAUGAUUAGUCUACCUGUUUCUUGUUGGUGCAGUUUUAAGGUUGUUCCUCAACAUGAAAGAGCAGUAGUUUCGCGUCUUGGAAGACUUAUUCCAUUAAAAGGACCUGGCAUUAUUUGUGUUAUUCCGUUUGUUGAUAAAUGGAAAAAGGUUGAUAUCCGAACAAAAAUCUUUAGUGUGCCACCAAUUGAAGUCAUUUCAACAGAAAGAAACAUUUUUAAAGUAGGAGCUAAUGUUCAAUAUAAAAUUGUGGAUCCAGUAGCAAUGUAUACUCUUGUCAAAGAUGUAGACCAUUCCUUGCAAAUGAGUGGACAUACAGUGUUAAGUACUCAAUUAAGUGGUCAGAGUUCUAGUAUUAUACAGAAUGAGAAAUUUCACAUUGAAGCAAAGUUACUGCAUCAUAUGAAUAAGUCAGUGGGCCAUUGGGGAAUUGAAAUAUCUAAGUUUGAGUUAACCUCGUUAGUUUUAAAAGAUUCUGAUCAUUUGAAAAUUGACGAGGCCAAUGAAACUGGAAUUUCAGCUAUCAUUAAUGUAUUUAAAAGUAUAACUUCUUCUGGAACAUUUGGUUCUAUUACACCGGUGUUUGCUUCGUCGUUAAAACAAAAACCAAACGAAAAUUUAACCCCUAACGAAAUCUUCUAUAGUAUCAAGUGCGUUAUAAAUGAACAGCUUUGUCAGCAAAUAAAUGCCAUUUAUGAAUUUUCAAUAUCCGAUACAUCAGAAAAUAAUAUUUGGAUAUUAGACUUAAAAAACUCUCCUGGCUGCAUAAUAAAUAAACCCAAUCAAUUUAUCGAUAUAGAUGUAAGAUUUGAAAUGAAUACUUACGUUCUUCGAAGUAUAUUUCACGGUCUAAUAUCUCCUACAGAAGCUUAUAAAAAUGGAAGCUUAAAAAUUAACGGCAAUAUUCAGACGGCAUUAAAGCUCAACAAUUUAAUAACGCAGUUACAUUGUAAGCUUUAAGCUCUUAAAGAAAGUUUUUGUAAAUACUUAUUUCUUUAAAAAAUUAUCCACUUGGAAUGUGUCUAUUAUUUAUGCCAACUAAUUUAAGGAGGUAUUUUGAAAAAGUUUGAUAUGUAUCGACAAAGCAAAGGGAAAAGAUGGUUAAAAGAAAUUAACGUCUGCAGUAUGUACGUCAUGUACGUCAACAAUGCUCUUUACAUCAGGUUUUUUCAAAUUUAAAUUGUUUGGGUUUUUGCCGAGGUCAAUUGAAUGCCAUAGUCUUGCAUCAUCACACUUUUGGUUUUAUUCACUGGAUUUAAUACUUUUAUAAAAAUAAUUUUUAAUAGUUCA